AUGAGUUCUUCUGAAGGAGAGAAAGGCGAGAAGCAGUCUGGUGGUAUGCUCAGCAAUGGAAGCAUUGAGCUUGGAAGACAGGAGGGAGUUGAUGAUGGAGAGGUCUUUCAGAAAAUUCCUGGAAAGGUUGACUUCCGCACUGUCGGGUGGAUUCAGGCCUCUGUCAUCUUUCUGAAGGUCAUUUUCGCAACUGGCGUCCUCACAAUCCCGAGUGCCAUGUUCGUCCUUGGUGCUCUCCCUGGCGCCAUUAAUGUCCUUGGGUGGCAAGGUCUCAACACCUACUGUGCCAUUGUCCAAGGAAACUUCCGAAACAGACAUGCCGGCUGCCACAGUAUCGCCGAUAUGGCGAAUGUAGUUGGCGGCACUUGGCUAAAGGUCACCGUUUCAGAGGUCGUUGGAGUUUUGUUCCUCGUCACAUAUGCGAUUGUGGGCGCGUCAGGAAUCUUCGGUACCUCUGUUGCGCUUAACGUUCUUAGCAACCAUGCUAUCUGUACCAAUUGGUUCAUGUUAGUGGCGACCAUUGCUGUUCUUAUUCUUGCUAGUGUCCGCAAGUUUGAGAACAUUGCUUGGCUCACCUGGGCUGGUUUUUUGACAGUUUACGUCGCUGUUUUCAUCGUCGUCGUCGGCGUUACAACCCUCGAUCGACCUGCUGCUGCUCCUCAAACCGGAGACUACGACUUCGGCUACCAUGUUAUCGGCCAUCCCACUUUUGUUGCGGCCAUCACGUCAGUCUCUACAAUCUUCUGCAGUGGUGCUGGAACUUCCGCCUUCCUGCCAGUCAUCUCUGAGAUGCGCCGACCUCGAGACUACAACAAGGCCGUCUACCUCUGCAUGGGUAUCGUCACUGCUUCAUACCUGACUUUCUCGCUUGUCGUCUACAAGUAUUGCGGUCAAUGGGUUGCUUCGCCAUCUCUAGGAAGUGCAGGCCCAACCAUCAAGAAGGUCGCUUAUGGUAUUGGCCUCACUGGUCUCCUUGUCAGUGCCUGUCUGUAUGUCCACGUCGCAGCUAAGUACCUCUUCGUUCGACUCCUUCGACACUCAGAGCACUUCCAGAAGAACACCGUGGUCCACUGGGCAGUUUGGCUGGGAUGCACUACUGCCAUGUCGGCUGUUUCGUUCCUCCUCGCUUCUGGAAUCCCUAUCUUCAACUACCUCCUGGCUCUCGCAGGAAGUCUAACCUUUUCACCUCUCGCACUCGGUCUGCCUGGAUAUCUUUGGGUGUACGAUCACCAGCACUAUCGAAAGGGAAAGAUGUGGCAGGUUAUUGUUUACUAUCUGAACUGGUUGAUGAUUGCGCUUUCUGUGUUCUUGACUAUUGGUGGAACUUAUGGUGUUAUUCAAAACAUCAUCGAUGCUUAUUCACAGGGACUUAUUGGAGGAGCCUUCAGUUGUGAGAACAAUGAUAGGUAG